AUCAUUUUGAUAAAGGUCAAGGUUAUAAUUUAGAAGGCGUUAAACUUUUUAAGAGAUAUCUAAUAAGAUGCCGCUGAAAGGAAUCCCAUUUAACUUGAGUCCUGAUUUAUUAAAGCUAUUAUCGGCUGCUGGUCAUGGAGAUGAAAUAAUUUUGGCCGAUGCCCACUUUCCAACAACAUCCAUUUGUAAAGGAGAGAAUGCCCCCGUAGAAAUUCGAGCUGACGGUCUGUUGAUACCGCCUUUGUUAACUUCUAUUUUAAAAUUUUUUCCCUUGGAUCAAUACGUUGGAGAGCCGGUGGCUCUAAUGCAGCGUACCGCUGAUGACGAAGCCAAGAACCUUCCUGUUCCAAUUUGGGACGAAAUAUCAAGAAUAGUGAAUGAGGCUGAAGGAAAAAAGAUUAGCAUAGAAAAGAUGGACAGAUUCGAUUUUUACGGUAGAGCUAGAAGUGCUUUCGCCAUUAUUCAUACAGGAGAUGUUUCGCAGUACGGAAAUGUUAUCAUAAAGAAAGGAGUUGUUUAUCCACCUACGCAGUAG